GCGUGUUGCAUUUUAUUUUUCGGUUUUAAGUACUUUUUAUUGAUUGCUUGCCAAGUGUUUGAUAGAAUGCGUGAACCACUUUUAAUUUGUUUUAGUUGGUGACAGAUUGUGGGUGUGAGUGUGAUUAAUUUUAGAAAGUUUUAUUGGUUUCAGAAUCAAUGUAAAUAGUAGCAACUUGAAUGGUUUUAUUGGUUUUGCAAACAGAAUUUGUUCAUUGUUCAAAUACAAAAUUGCAAGCGUUUGCCAUGCAGGUGUUCUACUUUCGUACCGCUGUGUAUUCAUAUUCCAGCAGUAUAUAUAGAAGAUUGGAAGAAAGUUGAUUAAGAAAUGUAUGCUUUGGUGUAUAGGCAGUAUACUUUACAAAGUUUUUAUACGUUGAGUGUUUGUGUUUAAUGGUUACUUUACAGGUCAUGUGAUGAAGCAACCUCGUUGCUUUGGUUCUUCUAAAUGGAGGAGAGCUGCUGCAUUAAUAGAAAUGGGUUCCCAAAAUUUUUCUUGAUGGGUUCCUCUGAUAGACAUGAAGAGGUGCGCCAUUUUGUCAGUCUAUUGUUUUCAGAUCUCCUGUCAUCGUCCCCGCUUAAAUAUUGCUGUAAAUUCUUCUCUAUUCGUCUUUAGGAGGUUUUUAAGUCAUGGAAUUUCUUUAGGAUCAAAAGAUACAAGGCCCUUUCCUGACUAUUCACCCAAGAAACCUACCAUCAAAGAUGCCGAACUUUUAAAUCGCAUCUUCACCACAAUUAAGCUUCGCUGCUCUGAGCCUUUUCGCAGUAUUCUGAAGCCUUAUGAAUCUAAUUUCAGGUCUGACCAUCUUAUUUGGGUUCUCAUGAAUAUUAAGAAUGACUAUAAACUAGUUCUGGAUUUCUUUGACUGGGCAUGCUUACGAAAGGACCCAUCAUUAGAAGCCUGUUGUGUCGUUGUACAAAUUGCUGCAGCAUCAAAGGAUCUUAAAACAGCGCAUGAGCUCAUUCAUAAUUUUUGGGCAAAACCCAAGUUAGAUGUUGGUCUUUCAUUCGCUCACUUUUCUGAUCGGUUGAUAUACACUUACAAGGAUUGGGGUUCAGAUACCCAUGUGUUUGAUGUUUUCUUCCGGGUCCUUGUUGAAACUGAGAUGCUCAAUGAAGCAAGAAAGCUUUUUGAGAAAUUGUUGAGCUAUGGGUUGGUUAUCUCUGUUGAUUCCUGUAAUUUAUUUCUUACUCGGCUAUCAAGCACCUUUGAUGGGAUUGAGAUGGCAAUAAAAUUCUUCAUCGAAUACCCUGAAGUGGGUAUUCAUUGGAACACCACAUCAUACAAUAUUAUCAUUCAUUGUCUUUGUCGAUUAGGGAAAAUAAAAGAGGCCCACCAUUUACUCCUGCAAAUGGAGUUGAGGGGCUGUGUACCUGAUGUUGUAAGUUAUAGUACUUUAAUCAGCAGAUAUUGUUAUGUUGGAGAACUGCAGAAGGUUUUGAAGCUCAUAGAGGAAAUGAAAAUAAAAGGAUUGAAGCAAAAUUCCUAUACAUAUAACGGCAUAAUACUCUUUCUGUGUAAAACAGGUAAACUAUCUGAAGCAGAAGGGUUACUGAGGGAGAUGAUGGUUCUGGGAGUACUUCCUGAUAAUGUCGUCUACACUACUCUAAUUGAUGGAUUCUGUAAGUUGGGUAAUAUUCCUGCUGCAUAUAGGCUAUUUGACGAAAUGCGGGAUAGGAAAAUAAUCCCUGAUUAUAUUACAUAUACUGCUAUUAUUCAUGGAUUUUUAUGUCAAAUAGGGAAGAUGACAGAAGCAGAUAAGCUCUUCCAUGAAAUGGUUAGCAGAGGAUUAGAACCAGAUGAAGUUACUUAUACAGCCCUUAUUGAUGGUUAUUGCAAAACAGGCGAGAUAAAAGAGGCGUUUUCGCUUCACAACCAGAUGGUUAAUAUGGGGCUUACCCCAAAUGUUGUCACUUAUACGGCAUUGGCUGAUGGCCUUUGUAAAAGAGGGGAGGUAGAUGUAGCAAAUGAACUUCUUCAUGAGGUGUGCAGGAAGGGCCUUCAACUUAAUGUCUUCACUUACAACUCAAUUGUUAACGGCCUUUGUAAGUCGGGAAACAUAGUGGAGGCAGAAAAAUUGGUGGAACAAAUGGAGGGUGCAGGGCCCUGUCCUGACACUAUUACUUGUACCACUCUGAUGGAUGCAUAUUGUAAGAUGAGGGAUAUGGCUAAGGCUCAGAAGGUCCUGCGUGAGAUGCUCGAUAGAGGGCUUCAACCUACAGUUGUUACAUUCAAUGUGCUUAUGAAUGGAUUUUGUAUGUCAGGAAUGGUGGAAGAUGCUGAGAGGCUACUUAAGUGGAUGUUGGAGAAGGGUAUAGUGCCUAAUGCGGCAACCUACAAUUCUCUCAUGAAGCAGUACUGCAUUAGAAAUAAUAUGCGUACUACAGCGGAAAUUUAUAGGAGCAUGUGUGCUGGUGGGGUGACUAAGGCAAGGAAUAUGAAAGAGCCUUGGUUUUUGCAUAAAGAAAUGGCAGGAAAGGGAUUUAUUCCGACGGCAAGUUGUUACAGUGCACUUAUUAAGGGUUUUUUCAAGAGAAGGAAAUUUGCGGAGGCAAGGGAACUAUUUGAAGAAAUGAGGAGACAUGGUGUGGUUGCAGAUAGAGAAACAUACAACGUUUUUGUCGAUAUGAACUAUGAAGAAGGGAAGAUGGACAUUACUCUAGAUCUUUGCGACGAAAUUAUAGAGAAUUGUCUUGUUGGCAAGCCCAAGAAUGAAAAAACUAGGACCUACGAACCCCAAAACACAGAUUUUGCAUUUGCAUUUCGACAGCUUUUCGAGUUUGAUAGAGAAUCUGAAUCAUUGAUCAUGGCGAAGAGCGACGUAAAGGUUUUGGGAGCGUGGCCGAGCCCAUACGUGAUGAGGGCUCGGAUCGCGCUCAAUAUCAAGUCAGUGGAGUAUGAGCUUCUUGAGGAGACGUUCGCACCCAAAAGCCAGCUUCUUCUCCAGUCCAAUCCAGUCCACAAGAAAAUCCCAGUUCUCAUUCAUGGUGAUAAGCCCGUCUGUGAGUCUCUCAUCAUUGUGGAGUACAUCGAUGAGGUUUGGGCCUCAGGCCCGUCGAUUCUCCCUUCUGACCCGUUGGAUCGCGCUACUGCAAGAUUUUGGGCUGCCUACGUCGAUGAGAAGUGGUUUCCGUCGCUGAGAGGCAUUGGUGCCGCUCAAGAAGACGAGGCAAGGAAGGCAGCAGUCGAGCAAGUUGCAGAAGGGCUGGCUCAAAUGGAGGAAGCCUUUCAAAAGACCAGCAAAGGCAAGGACUUCUUCAGUGGAGACAAAAUUGGGUACCUGGACAUUGCAUUCGGGUGCUUCUUGGGGUGGCUCAGAGUCACAGAGAAAAUGAAUGGGGUCAAAUUUCUGGACGAAGCAAAGAUCCCAGGGCUGGUCAAAUGGGCUGAGAAGUUCAGUGCAGAUCCUGCUGUGAAGGAUGUUAUGCCGGAGACUGACAAGUUGGCUGAGGUUGCAAAGAUUAUUAUGGCCAGAUUGAGAGCUGCAGGUGCUUCCAAUCGAGGAUUAAUUAUGGGCAACAGCGACGUCAAAGUUCUGGGAAUGUGGCCGAGUCCGUUCGUGAUGAGGGCUCGCAUUGCCCUUAACCUCAAAUCCGUCGACUACGAGUUUCUUCAGGAGACAUUCGGAUCUAAAAGCCAGCUUCUUCUUCAGUCCAAUCCAGUCCACAAGAAAGUGCCAGUUCUCAUUCAUGGUGACAAACCAGUUUGUGAAUCUCUCAUCAUUGUUGAGUACAUUGACGAAGUUUGGGCAUCUGGUCCGUCUAUCCUCCCUUCUGACCCCUACGAUCGCGCUACUGCACGAUUUUGGGCUGCCUAUAUCAGCGAGAAGUGGUAUCCAUCCAUGAAGGGCAUUGGUUUUGCACAAGGAGAGGAGGCAAAGAAGGCAGUAAUCGAACAAGUGACAGAAGGGCUGGCGCUGCUGGAGGAAGCCUUUGAGAAAUCCAGCAAAGGCAACGUAUUUUUCGGCGGAGAUGAGAUCGGAUACUUGGACAUUGCGUUCGGGUGCUUCUUGGGGUGGCUCAGAGUAAACGAGAAGCUGCAUGGAAUCAAACUGCUCGACCAAACGAAAACGCCGGGGCUGGUAAAAUGGGCUGACAAGUUCUGUGCACAUACUGCUGUGAAGGAUGUUAUGCCUGCGACUGACAAGCUUGUUGAGAUUGCUAAGAUUCUUGCUGCCAAAGCAAGAGCUGCAGCCGCUCCUCCUCCGUCUAAUUAGGCGAGAAACUUACAUGUAUCUAAGACGUCAUAGUGAUAGUAUGCAGGCGAGACAUAUGUUCACGAUAGUUUGACAAAACUUAUAGCCUGGCCUGUUUUUAUGUCUGUGAGUACUCACAACGGAGGUUUUCUAAGUCUAGGUCGUAGGGAUUUGGUGGUCUGGACUCCGAAAUUUCUCCCCGAAAAAUGGUGUAUUCAUGUGGUUUAAUUUUCUUUCUCCAAUGCAAAGACUCUAGUUUAUAAUCA